AUGCGAAUUCAUGCCUUCUUGUAUUCCUGGACGUUUUUUCUUCAGGUGCUGCUCGAUGACAACCGUACCCGACUGGCAGAAGCCCGUCUGGAUUCAGACAUAACUCACCUCGUGCUGCAUGUGCCGCAUGCGCAGCAUCCCGUGGCCCUGAAGUACAUCGACAGCAUAUGCCCCCCAACCUCGACCUGGCCGACGCCGACCUUCGGGGAGGAUGCAGCCUUGCAGAGCCGGGCCACGCUGACGAUGAGGGGCGGGCAAUUCCUGACCUUUGUCUUCGACAGCCCGCGAGUUCUCAGACUGCAUUAG